AUGGAACGCGUGGUUUCACGCGUUCGUCGUCUCUCUCCUUUACACACUCUCUCCGAUGCUCUAAUUAUUUCACUUUUAUCAAAAAGUGAUUGUCAACCCGAUAGUAUUCAACAAGGUGUAGUAUGUAAGUUGUUCAAAAUUCCUGUAUUUUUACAAAAAUAUCAUGAAAUGUUACAGUAUUCGAGAAAGAAGAGCCAACUUGUUAUUGGUAUUUGUUGCUCAGUGGAGAAGUGCAACUAUUUAGAAGAAAUUAUGUGAGUUUUUCUGGAACAUUGAUUUUUUCAAUGGUUCACAAUAGCUUUUCAUGAUUUCAGAGCGGUAAUUUUCGACAUAUGAAAACAUUGCGAUGCGGUGCUUUGUUUGGUGAUUUAUCGACUCCAACUCAUUCAUGUUCUUGUAUUGUUUCGAGACCUUGUCAAGUUAUUAGGAUUAGUCAACAACAUUUUUUAUCAAUUUAUAAUGUGAGUUUUAGAGGGUUAUGACGUGGCAAAAUCGGGCUCUGUAAAAAAUCUGAGUGGUGUUCGUGAUAUAUCCCCGGAAAUCUGAAUUCUGGAAAUUAUUUCAAACUUUUAAAUUUCAGUUCGGAAUUUUUUUUAAUUUUCAAAAAAAAAUAUAGAGUGCACCACUCAGAAAAUUCAAUCAGUUAGUUGAAACUUCAAAUUUUUGCUCCAAAAACUUUCCAAACCUUUUCAGAAACACGGUGAUCAUCUUCAAUCAUUUAUUUGUAUAAUGCAUGACAUUGUCGAAGAUUCUGAUAUCACACCAAUGUCUUCUUCACCAAUUCAACCAAAAAUUGGCGGACUUUACAACGGACAAAGAUCGGAAGAUCUUUUCGUCACUUCCUCUUCUUCUCCUUCUUCAAGAGGAAAAGAAAAGGAAGUUGUUGUUGUUGUAUCAAGACAACUACCACAAUUAUCCCAUCUAAAUGGUAGUAGUAAUAGUCAAAAUGGUGUGCAUCAUCCACAUCAUCAAAAUGGUGCACCAUCUUCUUCAUUUAUCGAAUUUCGUAGUUCAAGUGGAAUUGAGAUACAAAUUGAUGAAUGUGGUGAAUAUCUUCAUCGAAAAAUGUUAACUGAUGGACAUCACGUUAUUCGAGAUAUUUUGGUGCAAAAUACUCAAUUUGCAAAUUGUAUGUUAGGUGUUGAAAUGGUUGAUUGGUUAUUAACUCUUUUUGUAUCAACAUCAACUACAAGUUCAAGUUUAUCAAGGCUUCAAAUGUGUGCAAUUUGGCAAGUUUUGAUGAAUCAUAAUGUGAUUGCUCAUAUUGAUGGAGAACACAAGUUUCAUGAUAAAAAUAAUUCGUUUUAUCGAUGGACUCGGCAGAUUCGAGAUGCUCAAAAUGCUCCAAGUUUUGAGGAUUUGGCACAAAUGAUCAUGUUUUUAUCGUCGAUUGCACCCGAAACUCUUUUUAUGAUGAUUUUGGCGAAACCGUAAGUUUUUUUAAAAAAUUAAUCUACAAUUUCAGAACGGAUUUUGAAAUUCAAAAAAGAAUUUGUUGAAUUUUUUGAAACGUAGAAAACUUGGGGAAAGUAAGAAAAUAGCAUAAGUUUUAUUGUUUGGAAAAACUUUAAAGAUAAAAAAUUUGAAACUUGAGAAAUUUUUCAUUAAAAAAUUCAUGAACGUUGAAAUUAUUUUUCUGUGAAAUUCUGAAUUUUUGAUUCUACAAUGCUCAUGGAUCAAAUUCCAAUUUUCAAAUCAAUAAAUAUAAAAAUUUUGAAACGUACAAAAUUUUGGAUUUUCCUAAUUAAAAAAUGUUUUUUAAUAUUCUAAAAAUUAUAAAUUCAAACUGCCUUUCAGGUCUCACGAGAGAAGUCCCGAAGAAUUAGAUAUUGUCUACGAAGAACUAAUUCACAUCAAAGCUUUAUCUCAUCUAAGCACAAUGGUAAAACGACAAUUGGCAAAUGUCAUAGAAAUUGAGGUACUGGUUUUUUUCUAUUUUUUUUCCCGGGAAAAAUCAUAUUUUUUUAUUAUGAUCAUUAAAUAUUCACAUAAAUAUGAUAAUUUCAUGUUUGUGUGUGUUUUUUGUCAUUUUACCCCCAUUCUUCUUUUUUUUCAGCAAUUCUCACAUGCUGGAAGUGUUGUUUUUCGACAAGGUGAAAUUGGUGCACAUUGGUAUAUUGUUUUAAAAGGUAAGACACUAUUUUCAAUCAGAACUGAACCACGCUGUUCUUACGAAGCUCCGCAAUUACACUUCUUAAUUUGUAGGUGCUGUUGACGUGAAUGUUCAUGGAAAAGGUGUAGUUUGCACAUUGAGAGAGGGAGACGAUUUUGGAAAAUUGGCAUUGGUGAACGAUUCGCCGAGAGCUGCAACAAUUGUGACACGAGAAGACGAUUCACAUUUUUUGGUUGUUGACAAAACGCAUUUCAAUAUGUGAGUAUUUUGAGGGGUGGGGGGAAUGAAAAAAAAAUUUUUUGGAAGCUGAAAAGUCUUGGCUGAAAAAACUAAUAAUUUUAUAUUGGAUUUUUUCACUGUUUCAGGUUUUUUUUAAAUUCUGGCUCUGAAAAUUUUGAUGUUCAAUGUUUUUUUCUUCAGUAGAGAUUUUUCAAAUAAAAAUCAUACAAAUUUUAAAACAGUAAAAAUUCUUGGUAGAAAAAGUCAAAAAUUUUACAUUGAAUUUUUUCACUGUUUCAAAAUUGUUUAAUUUUGGCUCUGAAGUUCAAUGUCUCGGGAAAUCUUAUGAUAUUUUUUGUUCUGGAAUAUUUUUCAAAAAUUUUGCAAAAAUCAUAUCAUUAUUUUUGAAACAGUGAAUAAUUCCAGAAUUCUCCGACAAGUGGAGGCGAACACAGUUCGUCUUCGCGAAUUCGGCGAAGACGUUUUGGUGCUCGAAAAAAUCGACAUUCCACGUGGCGCAGCACUCGAAAACUCCAACUCGGCACAAUUCUCAACUUGUGGAUAUUCAGUUAUGGCUGGAAGAGCCGAGAAAAUAUUGGAAUAUGUUUUGGAAACUCGAAUUGAUGCAUUGGGAGAUGAUAAUAUUAAUGAAUUGGAUGUUUUUGUUGAGGAUUUUAUAUUGACACAUGAGGCUUUUAUGCCAGCAAAUGCUGUUUGUAAUUAUUUGAAAACUUAUUAUUUUCGACCACCAUAUGUGAGUUUCUUGAAACUUGAUUCAAAAAUUUAUUCAUGUUUUUUUCAGAAAGCAACACCUGGUUCAAUGUUAGUUGAUUCAUAUUCAACUGAAGAUAUCUGUUCAAAACGUCGGGUUGUUCAAUUUGUUCAUGUUUGGUGUCAUCUUCUUCGUGUCAAUUUUUUCCUAAAUCCAGUUGCCAAUUCAUUUGUCGAAGAACUAUUUUGCCACGUCAUCGAUGAUCAAAAAAGAAUAAGUGGACCUGGAAUGGCUGAUAUUGUUGGACGAGUUUCUGCAUUGCGAACAAUUCGAGAAAAUGUUCAAUUAAUAUUAGCAAGACAUCCUUCAACAAUAAUUGAUUGUGGUGUUCUUUCUGCUCAUACACCAGUUCCAAUUCUUCCAUCGGAUAUUUGUAAUCAAAUAAUUCAUCUUGCCGACACAACUUGUUUUGUUUUACAAAUUCGAGUUGAUAAAACAGCUGAAGAGAUUUGUGAACUGUCAAGAAGACGAGCUCGAAUAUUCCAACCUGAUCCAUUAUUUCUCGUCGAAGUCAAAUCAAAUGGCGAAAAAUUGAUAUUUGCGAAAACAGAUCGAGCAGUUCCAACAGUUUUAAGUCUAAAUAGCAAAUUAUAUGUUGUUCACAAAGAAGAUAUUGAUAGAUUACAAGCAAUUGAAGAGAGAAAUAGUCUUUCACAUUCAUCUGUUUUGCAAUUAAUCGAUGCUCAAGAAUUGGCUCAUCAAUUAUUCCUUUUUCAUCUUCAACUUCUUCGUGCCACAGAUGCUAGCGAAUUAUUAUUUCAAGUUAUUGGACGCGAAAGUUUUCCACUAAGUAUGCCUUAUAAUUUGGAUCUUUUGGUUCGAAGAUUUAAUGAAGUUCAACAUUGGGCAACAACUGAAGUAUUAUUAGCUGCGAAUGAUGCAAUUCGGGUGGAAACUUUGAGGAAAUUCAUAAAAAUUGCUGGACAUGCGAGAGAAAAUCAAGACUUGCUGACAGUUUUUGCAAUUACUUUGGGAUUGAGUCAUGUUUCAGUUAGCAGAUUGCAUUUCACAUGGGGGGUAAGUUAUGAAAAAGAUUACUGUAACAUUAUUGAGCCAAAUCCACGUGGGACCAAGAUUACUGUAGAUCUUACUGUAGGUCAGAGGAUUACUAGAAAAUAGAACAUUUGCCACGUGGACACACCCUUAAAGUAUUUAAUUUUCCAGCGUCUCCCUUCAAAAACGCGCAAGAAGUUUGUGGAAUUCGAAAAUCUAUUGGAUCCCGCGCGAAAUCAUCGAAUCUACCGUAUUCUUGUUGCCAAAAUGCAACCACCGUAUAUUCCAUUUGUUCCUUUAAUAUUGAAAGAUUUAAUGUUUAUUCAUCAAGGAAACAAAUCAUUUUAUAAUGGAUUGGUGAAUUUCGAAAAAAUGGUUAGUUUUUUUUUGGUUGAACAAUAAUUAACAAUAAUAUUUCCAGCACAUGUUCGCAAAAGUACUUCGAGCUUUUCGAUAUUGCAAAACAUCACCACACGAAGGACUCGAAUCAGAUACAAUUGAAUCGCAAAGUUUGAUUCGAAAUUUGCGAGUUGUUGAUAAUCAACGAAUAUUAAUGCAAUUAUCUUAUGAUAUUGAGCCCAAACAAACUAAACGGGAUCUACAUUUUUGA